GCCUUCUUGACAAACAACUUGUUGUCCAGGAAGUAACGUUGCUUACUUUAUUAAUGAACUCUUACCAGGGGGUUUGCAGUGCGGCACCAUCUGACACAACUAUUCACAGAGGCACGACACCGUUAGUUACAUUUCGGUGCUUUCGCUAAUAACUGCGAAAUGCUCAACUAAAGGUGCGUUAGACCGAUUUUUGACGGUUUGCAGAGCGUCAUCUGGGGCUGCGGUGGCCGCGGAAGGCGAAAGGUGUGCGAGGAGGCAUCAUGAAACUGCUGCGAGAUUUGGAAGUAAACCCGGCGGCUUUGGCUUAUGCCAUGACCACUCUGGGAGCUGCCAUGAUCAACAACAUAUUCAACUUCUACUACGUGAAGCUCUUCAUCAGCAAGUACCAGAUAUCCGAGGGGGCUUUCCACAAAUCUCAAGUGGUAUACAUGCUGUGGAAUGCCAUCAAUGAUCCUCUCUUUGGAUACCUGCAAGACAACUCCAAAAUGGCGUGCUGCUCUCAGCGGCGGCUCUCCAUCCUGUACGGCGCCCCGCUCUACUCCUUGGCAUUCCUCAUCGCCUGGUUCCCGUGGAGGUCCUACUCCCCCAGUGACUGGCUGUGCGGUGUCCACUUGACAGUGGCGUUGUGCGCCUUCGACGGCUUGCUCACGUUUGUGCUGCUGGCACAGUGUGCCCUGUUUGCCGAGAUUUCCAGCCAGCAUCAGAGCCGACUGAGACUCAUUAAGUACAACCAGGUGGCAUCGCUGCUGGGCUCCUCAAGCGUGCUCUUCUGCGGCAUGCUGUCCCAAAAUAUGGAGGACUUGACAGCCUUCCAGGCGUUCUCUGUCCUCGUGGCCAUCCUGAGCUGCGUCUGCAUGAUCUACACGGGCCUCCACAGCCAGAGCCAGUUUGACGACAAAGCGUCCGACGACUUAGACGAGCCCGCUUCCAGCUGCUCCGAGUCUUCCACCUACACUGUGAAAAUGCUGACCUGGCAAAUCCUCAUCAACAGGGACUUCCGGUUCUUUGUGCUCAUGAACUUUUUCCAGGUCUUUAUGCUGGCGUUCUUCAGUAAUUUUACACUGAUAUUCGCCGAGCACUUGAUUCCCCCAGACGUGCUUUCGCCACUGGCCAGAAGCGUCAUGUACGGCGCGGGAUUCAUUUGUCCUCAGCUGUUAGUGUUGACCUGCAACAGACUUCUUCACAACCUCGGCUACUACAGAAUCAUCCUGUACACCUUCUACUUGGAGGUCUUAAUGGGGGCUUUUAUGCUGGCCCUCGGUGCUCAGAAUUAUCGUAUCCUGGCGUUAUUCCUCACCCUCAGCAUGGUCACGGUGCAAGCCACCUUCAGUCUGUUCGGCUUGCCACUGGCAGAUAUUAUCGACGUCGACAUGCACAAGUACAAGCGCAGCUCCCCUCUGUCAUCCAUGGUGUUUGGGACCAACGCCCUGUUCACUAAGCCCGCUCAGUCUCUUGCGCCCAUGUUGGUGAUCAACAUUCUCAACCAGUUUGGCUACGAGCAGCUGAAGGAUGCCGGGCGGGACGUCGACGUGAGAGCCGUGGAAAGCCUCCACAGUGUCAUGUUCUACUUGGUGUGCACGGUGCCCAUGUGUGUGGCCGCCGUUCAAGUCCUGGCUUGGAGGCCCUUCUCCAUACGCAACAGUCACACCGUGGACAGGAGGUACGCCGACAGCUAGUGAGAAAACGACCCACCCGCCUCGAUCGGGCCGGAUCGUUGCGGAGAAGCGGCGCCGGCCAGCGUGUUUUCAACAGAAUCCAGGUGACUUUUUAAUCUUCUCAUGAAGAUGUGCCACUCAAGGCAGAUGCAACUAUUUGACUGAGUCACAAGACCACGUGAUCAACGGCAGAGUCUGUUGACUUUUGCCUCAGCAGAACCAGUCGCAAGAUUCAUGAGCCUCACGGGUUGGAGGCCACGCACUCUGGCGUGAUGCGGCUGGAAGCUCGGCGCACCUCGACAAAAUCUGUGUGACGCCCGGUCAACUUGUUCAAAUUUUAGAUGUUUUGUUGCCUUUGGGGCAUAUUUGUCCAGGAAACGCCCAUUGUUGCAUUCUAGACAUUAAAUUUCAUAUUUUCUACCCCCACGUCAUGGUUGUGGGUCAGAAGGGUUUCUGACGCUUCUGUGGUGCGCGUGCGUAGUGGAGAAUGCAACCCGACGCACCUUGUCUGACAUGUACAAUGAUCAAGUGUCAAGGAGCAAAUGACAAGCACAAGUUGGCUUUCGUCUUUUUUUUUUUUUUUAAAUGGUUUACUCUUUACCUCUUUCCUGGUAGUUCUAUUUGUGCUCACAUAGUAGAUCUAAAAGUCAGACCUAUUUCAAAUGAGUACUCAAAGUACGUGAUUGAGGCUUUACUUCACAUGUAUACAUUAAUUUUUUAGUUAGUUAUUGUUUUAGGUGUGUGGGGUUUUUUUUCUGGGGGGGGCGGAUUUUGCAGUUUUGAAGUGAAACUUUUGACCUUUGUAAUGAUAUUAGGAAAUAAUAAAGAUGCCACUUGCUUCGGCAGACGGGCUCAACUGCUCCACGUUUGGCAUGGCCGCUCCACGUAUUGGGGGGAGUUAAAAUCCUCAAGUGAGAAAACAUUGUGACAUUGUUUUUGUUCCCACUUCAAGACAGAUAGAAGAAUUGAAACAAAACAACAAAUGGUGUGCAGCACACGCAGCGCUGUGUUACACAUUUUGAUAGAUGUCAUCGGGCGCAUUGUCCGCCUGGGCAGCUGCUGCCUGCACAACAUAUCAGUCUCAUCAGAGCCACACGUGUACCCGCACGCCUCACUCAGCAGAGUAUACCUGGACCAGCGCCGGGUGUUUUUCCGCCGUCUCUUUGCUUCUCCCGUUGCGUUGGCGGUGCAUCUCUUGCAGCACGUCGUGGAAGACUCUCGUUCUCUUCGUGUUCUUCUGUUGACGAGCAAAGUUUAUGAAACUGCAAGCAGGAGUGUUUCUUGUGUUCCCACUGGCCAGACAGCCGCCACGCCCUCGCCCAGUUUGCCCGAACGGUGCGUCCGGUUUUGUCCGCCGUAAGAAUACGUGGCCUCAGUGCGAAGAAGCCAGUGACUGCCGGUUGUGUAAUGCUAUGGUAGUUCCUUUUUUGUUUUUUCCUCUGACCUUUACUCUGGAUUGUUCACUCAUCAACCUCCAAAAGUACCAAAAACGGACGAAAUUAAAAAAGAACUGACCUUGUCA